CCAAAGAAGAAGGAAGACCACUGUCAUGGCGGCCAAGGUGGUGAUGGUGGCCGUCCCGACGGUGCUAGGAAUAGCCUCCAUCCGUGUGUACACUGUGAGCGAAGCUCCAGCUGAUGGGCUGGUUACUCGAGAAAAGCUGAACAUCUACACCCCACUGCCACAGGCUGCUCAGGUUCAAUUUGUUCCAGAGACACCAGGUGUUAUUGAGAGUGGGUUAACUACAGCAAGAAAGAGCAUUCUACCAUUUGCCCAGGCUGUAAAGGGUGCCUGUGUCUCUGUGAAAAGGGGAACUGUUAAUCUGUACCAUGCAGGAGAGGAUGCAUACUAUUACCUGAAAGACCCUCCCCCAGGUUUUCUGCCCAGAUUUGGCACCAUCACUAUGGCUGGCCUGCUUGGCAUGUUCUUGGCACGGAAAGGCUCUCGUUUCAAGAGGUUAGCGUUUCCACUGGGCCUGAUGAGUGCAGGAGCUUCAGUAUGCUACCCGGCCCAAGCUGUGGCUGUGUUAAAGGUGACAGGUAAGAAGGUGUACGCUGCAGGGCAGUGGAGCAGCGCCGCGCUGUCUUCACUGCUCACCUCCAAGCCCCAGGAGCCUGUUGCCACAGAGAUUACUGCUUCACAACCACAGUCGCCUGCAGUGUCAGAUCCAGAGUCUGCAGUGGUUGAGGCCUCAGAGUUCAGCUCCAGCACGGACAGCUCACCCCAAAGUGCUACAGUCCCAGAAAAAGAGGUGGAAUCAGCUGAGUCUGUUCCUGUCUCCGAUGAACCCAUCAACUCGUCAUCAGUAACACUCGCAGAGAUCCCCCCUGACCAGGCCCCUGCAGAGACCAGCACAGAUCCCUUGGUACUUUCAGUGUCAGCAGAGACAGAAGCUGCUCCACCCUCUCAGGAUUUACCUGCCCCUGUUCAAAAUGAGGAGCCCUCAGACACAAAACAAGCACCAGAGCACGUCUCAAAUGAAGCCAGCCCAGCCGAGUCCACGGCGAGCUCAGACCCAGAGACAGUAGAGGCUGGCCCACCCGUGUCUGCUUCUUCCUCUGAAGAACCGCCUGCUCCAAAGGCCUCAGACGAGCCAGCAGUACCAGUUGUUGACUCAGCUGUGCCCGAAACCACUGCUCAACCAGAAUUAGCCGAGCAGACGCCAGUCCCUGCCGUGGAGGAGACCCCAACCUCAGCACUCACACCACCACCACCUCCAGCUCCUGAACAGCCUACAGCAGAUAACAGCACAGGGGGUGCUGGUUUCAAGCCAGACCCUUCGCUGAUGGACUUUGGCCAGUCCAGCCCAGAGGAUGAAGACCUGUACAGCACACGCAGCUGAGAGACCACAGUCGGCCGCCAGUGAAACCUCAUUCCCACACUGCCAUCUCAUCCACGCUGACAAACACUCUGUAUCAUGAUCUAGUGUAAAUUGCCAUUUUGCUUUGCAAGCACACUUAGGAAGUCUUUUAUCAAUAUUUCCGUUCUCAUUUUUUUCUGCCUACAUCAUUUAUAUUUCCACAGGAAUAUAACAGCCAAGUACAUUUGCAUUUCAAAUGGUAGCAAGCUGUGGCAGUUGGUUCAUGUGGAAAGACCAAAAAAAAAAAUACACCCACCAAGUGUUUACAAGUCUUUUAAUUCACAGAUGGCAGAUUGCGAAAAUUUCUCUCUGUUUGUGUCAUUUAACAAUUACUGGCUUUUGCGCUACAGCUUUUACAGUCAUGAACGCAUGGUGCUUUUAUUUAUUGUAAUUUAGCCCUCGUCUUUGGUAAGCUGGAAAUACUGCUCGUGCUGGUAAUGAUUACAAGACGGACCAGAGUUGUUUUCAUUUACAUCAGAAAUAAGAUCUCAAAAUAAAUAUAUAUAUUUUCAG